ACGGAAGCAAUAAUGAAUGACCGAAAGGUCGGGAAGGAAACCGGUCGUUCUCCCUCAUAUCAUAUCAGAUCGGUCCGCACAGCAUGCAAUUGUUAACGGCAACGUAUCGGUCAAUAGCUCGGCCAUCUACACACACCAACACAGCUGAUGCAUUCACUUAUGAGCAGUACAACCAACGAACGACAGACAGACAGACAGACAAGGCAGGCAGACCUAAAGUCACACGCCUACACCUACACCUACACAUACGACCAGGCCAACAGCAGCACUAUCCCACCCCAUUCCUCCCAUCCCUCCCGUCCUAUGCGCUAUCUGUCCAUGUAUUGAUCAGAUCUCUCUCCCUCCCUCCCUCCCUCCCGGUGUGUGUGUGUGUGUGUCUUCUUCUCCUGGCUGUGUGAAGAUGUAUGUGAAGGUAUCCUAGCUCUGGUGGUGUCGGGAUGCAUGAGCUCGUUGUGUGUGCGAAUGUAUGAUGUGUCGUCGCCACAUGGAAUUCAUCCCAUGGUUCUACGUCACUGCCUCAUGCCGCCGGGGCUGAACAACAUCAGGCCUGUGCACGUAGAACCAUACUCGGAUGAAUUCCAUGUGGCGACGGGAUCGAACGAAAGACAAAUCACACCACCACACCAAUGACAUGUCAUCCGCCGCUCAGCUCGUGGUGAGCUGGCGAUGGUUCGAUGAGCAACCACACGCAUACACACACGAACGAACAUAUACACAAGGGCCAGCUGGGUGGCUCGCUGGCUGGCUGUGGUGAUGUACAGCAUUAAAACGCUCUCCAUCCAUCCGUCCAUCCGUCCGUCCGUCAGUCUUCAAAAUCAAAGCAUCCCUCCACUCACUCUCCUACCUACCCCUACCGCCCCACCCCACCCCAUCCCAUCCACAAAUGAGUGAAUGCCUUAGUGAGUGUGUGUGUGUGUGUGUGCUGUGCCUUAGAGCAACAACGACACAUACCACCACCAGAGAGAUGCCAUCCAUCAUCAUCUUGCUCUCUCAUGCCGCCGUUGUGUGGUUGUUGUGGUGCUGGUGUUGGCGACGGUGGUGGUGCCCUCCUCCACUUUGGCGAGUGCCUGUGUCUCAGAGCCUCUCUCUUUGUCUUUGUCUGAUCCUCUGGGCGAGUCCGCUGUCGAAAGGUCGCUCUCGGUCCUUUGGUUGUGCAGCCGCUUGCCGCGGCCGGAGAGGGAGUAGGUCAUGACGCCCGCCACACACUGCAUAUACAUCGCACACACACACACGUCGGUGCCUCUGUGUGUUGUGGGUGUGGCGUAUUGAGGUGACUUUUUCACUGACUGACUGACCACAGCUGCUGAGAAGCCUUUGGUUGUCGUUAGGCACUGUGACGGCUGCAGGUGGCAGAAAAGGAAGUGGCUGCCCACGAAGGUGAUGGCCGUGCGUGUGCCCUGCAGAAACACACACAACGAGACGAGACGACACACAACACACACACACAUACCAUAUGACGACGCACUCGUCGACCAUUCUGCUGUGGUGUGGCUCAUGCAGUGCAGUGCAGUGCAGCCGUCCAUCCAUAUGUGCGGUGCAGUGCCGUGCAGUGGGUAGCUUGCCUUGAGGACGCCCGAUGAGACGGCGCCCAGGUGUUUGAUGAUGUACCACAGAGUGGCCGACCGAAUCAGACAGAGACUUGACAGCACCAGGUAGCACACUAUGAUCACCUGCAGACAGACACACAUACACACACACACAGACAGAGACAGAGAGGGAGAGAGAGAGAGUGCAUGUGUCUGUGGUUUGGGAGGCGUGUGGCGACACUCUCACCACAGGGUCUCCAUUUCGGUCUCUGAUGUUCUGCACGACGAGUGUGUUCCACCGUGGGAUGGUCCAGACGAGCUGCCAGAGGGUGAGGACGAUGCUGUUGACGAUGCCGAUCAUGCACACCAGGUUGGGCCCCUCGAUGGCGUUGGGCCCCGUCAGAUACUUCUCGUUGUACACGUAAGACAAGCCAUGCUGACACACACACACACACACACACACAAAAUAACCACACAAAACAACCACACACAAUUACCACACGCAAUAACCAGACACGUGGAAAUGAUCUCUCUCCCUCUCUCCCUCUCUCUCUCUCUCUGUGUGUGUGUGAGCACCAGUAUGGCGGCAAUGAAGAGGCAGGUCGCGCCGAUGAGUUCCUCCGGCCCCGACUUGAACUCUAUGACGACAGACCGGAUGGUCAGGCCCACACAGAUGACCAGAAUGCCCACGCACUGCCCCGAGCUCAGCCGCUUCCCCAGCAGCAGAUACGCCAGGAAGGCCGUCCACACGACAGAGGACGAGCCGAGCACCAUGUACACCGCCGAACCGGCGAACACCAGACCCACUGCAGACGGCCACACACACAGGUGAGGUGAGAGCGAUGCGCUAAUGCAUUGGGUGCCUGUCUGUCUGUGCACCCACCUUUCUCGAAUAUCUGGUGCAUGAGGUCGGUGCCUGCGAUCUGGACGGCUGCCCACCAAUUGCACUUCCUGUCCCAGAACCACAUACGCAACAACACACACGCACACACGCACGCCCGAUGCCAGCAAGCCAGUGUCUUCAGUCCAUGUGGCUCAAACUGCUGACCAUACCAUAUGCUCUGUUUGGUGUUCCAGAAGCCGAGGAAGAGCAUGGCGUAAUAGAUGGGCAGCACGUAGAGGAACGUUGAGGCAGGCGCGCCGCCGUGGUACUUUAUCGCAUCAGUCUACAUGAACACACACAAUACACACACGCACACACAGACACCAGAGGGGGUCCACGGGGUGUGUGUGUGUCUAUGUGUGUGUGUCUGGCUGACCAGCAGCGGGUGCAUGCAGUUGACGGCGAGGUAGAUGGCGCAUCUCCCCAGCACCGCCCAUCGGGUCGGCUCCGGGUCAAGAUCCACACCCAUCAAUCAAACUACACACUGCUGCACGGCCUUCAG